AUGGCGUUGAAAUCGCCGAUGCUGCCGUCCCCAGAUCGCAACCUCAUGUCGGCUUUCUCGCCGUACUCGGAAUCGCCCACGUCGCCAGCGCCGUUCAGAUCUCCAAUUACGAGUACCCACAGCCGGCCAUUGUCCAACGAACACGCCAGAUCCCUCCAUCCUCCCAAUCAAUCUUCCCCACUAGCCUCAAGUCCCAGUGACAUUCCUGACCCCUCACCUAUCGCUACCUCUUCAAACGGCACCGACACGACCGACAUUGACGAUACAGGCAUAGAGAAUGAAGAUUUAGAUCCUACACCAAUGCCACCAGAGCCCCCAGCGCCCUUAAGGUCUACAGAACCGGCAUUGAAGCUCGAAACUGCCAACGCGGCUUCAGAUGCUCGAAAGCCACGAUCAGACGAUGACGAACAACCAAGCUCGGUCAUACAUGCCCCGCAAGGUUUCGACGCAUUUCACCGACAGUCGCCCCCUUCGCUACAUCGUUCCAUGCCAACUUCUUCCCAAGCAUCUGACAUUGUCAUUGUACCGCCUCCGGAAGACAAUGGAGGGGACAAGAAAUUCUCGAGCAGUCCGAGCUCGCCGCCUCCCCUACAAACUUCAAUAGCACCAAUUACAAGAGAUUGGUCGGCUACCCCUAGAGCGCAAACAAGACCAGAGGCAGAGGCGCAGACAUUAGAGCCCAAGAAACCUAAUAAUACUUCACGGUCGAGCUCGCGGUCGAGCAAUCUCGAAGAUAUUCCAGAAGCAUUGGACACCGAAAUUAACGAUGACCUGACUCCCAACCACCACACUUCCCUUUUUGAUCACACUGUCGAACGGUUUCAGGAAACUGCCGACGAAGUUGCAGCCCUCAAGAUCGCGCUCAGCGAGUGUUGGACACUAUGCAAUACAUUAGCUGGCUUGAGCUAUAUACAUCGCGAGAGGAUCUUCAGUGACGAAAGGUCGCAUUUUAGCUUCUCCGCCAAAGGUGACAUGCAAGAACAGGCCUGGAAAUCAUGUUGGAAGCUUUGCCAGAAGCUGUACGAAACACGAGACGAAGAGAUAGCCACUCAGGUCCGACCCACACUGGAUCUCUGCCGCGACUUUUGCCAGUGCCUUUUUGAAGUACGGCGGCGGGACAACGACGUCGCUGACUCCGUCCUACGGGUCAGCUUCGAGCUCAACAACCAUCUGUACAAUACUCACGACCGAACACUGCCGGAAGCCUUUCGAGAACGGACCUUGGACUUCUACAUAACGCUCUGCCACCGUCUGAUGAAACAACGCUCCGACCUAGCCCGAGAAACAGACUCCCUUCUCGAAGCCUGCUGGUCCCUCGCCGAAAUGCUCUUCAGCCUCCGCCAAAACAAACGAGAAGGCAAACCCGCCGAUGAAGAACUCCUCGGCUCCGCUGUCCAAGCGUGCUGGGAACUCUGCGACCUUUUCAGAGAAGGCUGGACCCAAAUACGACCGGACCGCGGCACGCCUCGACCCAGCCAAACGACCUUCACACAGGCUUUCCAGCAAGCAAAACAAUCACAAGUAGCCGCCUCCUUCGCCCACGUUCCCGAUUCAUAUUACGAGUCCGAAGAGGAGGACUUUGGCCGUGCGAACCCCGAAACCCCCACCACCGUCUUUGAAGACACGGUGCAAGAUUCUCCAGACGAAGGCCCCGUGCCCAAUAUACUGGUUCUCGGACCCUCAGACCAAAAUAACCGCCAACAACCAGGGCAACACCAACCGCAAUGGUCCUCGUCCUCUAGCAAUUUGAGCGGCUACUCCCAAUCCUCUGGGCGUACGACCUCCUCAACUUCCACAAUCAUCAACCCCGCCAGUGGCCAGCCCAAUGCCGAAGACGCACGUCUCACAUGUCUGAAAUUGCUCAUCGUAAAAGCAGCUGCAAAUACAGGAUUUCAACGCUCCUCCCCCACCACCCUCGCCUCCUUCGUCAAGUCCGUGCCGUCCAAUUCCUUCGGAACGCAGCCCUGGCAGUCUCAACUUUUACAAGAUUACAAGAAAGCUGUGGCGAGCGAUCCAGCACUAAGGAGUCCUGGGCCGGUGCGAAGAGCCAGGGCUGCGGAUGUAGCAAGGAGUCAGUUGGAGGCCCCAAGAGUAACUACUGGAAUGGAGGUUACGGACCUACGAAACGAUAUCCUCACGAGACUUCCUCACUACCUCGAGUGUCUCGAUGACCGGUAUGCUACCAUUCAAACGUGCCGCCGCUUCUGCCACACCGGCGCCAACACCAAAGCAACCUUUCCCGCCUUCUUCGCAAGACGCUACGAAGAUGGCUGCAUACCGGUGCCCUGCGAUCUCCUAACGGCGGGGUCAGCUCGCCAAGUUGCUGAUUGGGCGGCCAAGAGCCAGCGAAACCGUCAAGAGCUCUGGGAUGCCAUCCUCAUGGAAUGCGAUGAGGGGCACCUCAAGCUGGGCGUGGAGAUAGCGAGACGUCGUCAUUGGAUGCGGAAUCGGGUAUACCAUUACGAAUGGGAUGGAAACGAUGUCACGUGGUCUGGGCUGGAUAUAAUGGGCGACACUCCUCGAAUGCUCAGAGACCAUUUUGACACACAACCUGGCCAUGAAGACGUCGGGGAAGAGGAAACAAAGCGGCGUUGCAGCCUCUUCCUCCGCGGACAUCAUGGACCAUCAAGGCCUAGACACUUUGCGAUCCCUGUUACCUAA